AUGAAAGUAAAAGUUGAACUUGAAGAAUCAGGAAGUAUAGAUAAAAAUCAAUUACAAUUUAAAGACGAUUAUGAGUAUAUAGCUUAUCUUACUAACAAGAUUUCAGAAUUGGAGUGGCAAUUAGAAGACCAACAACAAGAAAUAUUGGAAUUAAAAAGAAAAGUACAUGAAUAUUGUGAAGAAAUAAUUCGAAUGAAUAGUCUGUAUCAGGGAAAAUGUGAAGAAAAUAAGAAUCUCAUUAACCAGUGGAGUUCUCAACAUUGUAACCAGCAUAAGCAGAUACAAUAA